AUGAAUAUUUCUAUGCAAAAUGAAAGCCAAGGUCAAUAUUCUGAUUUUACUCUUCUGGGACUUUCCACUCUCCCUGAAUUUCAGAUUCCAUUGUUCUUUGCAUUUCUUCUCAUUUAUCUGCUCACCAUAACAGGAAAUUUACUCAUCAUAACCUGUAUUUUCAUGGAUGCUCAGAUUCAGAUCCCUAUGUAUUUCUUCUUACAAAACCUCUCUAUCCUUGAUUUAUCAUAUUCCUGUGUUAUUCAGCCCAAACUGCUGCUUGGUAUCUUAACAGGGGAUGGUGCUAUAUCUCAGGUAGGAUGCAUCACACAACUCUAUUUAUUUAUGUGUCUGACUUGUACAGAGUUUGUAUUAUUGGCAACAAUGGGAUAUGACCGAUAUUUAGCAAUCUGUGAGCCCUUACAUUACCCUCUUCUGAUGAACAAAAGAACUUGUUUCCAGCUGGUCAUUAUCUGUUGGGUGGUUGGAUUUCUGGAUCCAUUGGCUCACACAGUUGUUAUAUCUCGAUUACCCUUUUGCAGGACACAUUUGAUUAAUCAUUUUUAUUGUGACUACUUGGCAUUACUAAAGCUUUCCUGUAUUAAAACAACACUGAUUGAGAUUAUGAGUUUACUCUUUGGCUCCCUAUUAGGAUUUUCUACAUUCAGCCUCACUUUGACUUCUUAUAUUUGCAUCAUCUCCACCAUUGUAAAAAUCCAGUCCACUACUGGGAGGCAUAAAGCUUUCUCCACUUGUGUGUCCCAUCUCACAGUGGUUUUGUUGUUCUAUGGCACAGUUCUGAUCAUGUACAUAAGACCUACAUCCCAAUAUUCAUCUUCUCUGGAAAAAUCUUUCUCUGUUUUGUACACUGUCCUGAUCCCAAUGUUUAAUCCACUAAUUUAUACCCUGAGGAAUAAUGAUGUGAAAAAAUCUCUUCAGAAACAAUUAUUUAAUAUAAUUUGCAGAGCAAUUUCAAUGAUACAUUAA